UGUUUUUUUUUUUGUCUGUUUGUUUGUUUAAGAAAAACAAGCCUGUAGACGUAUUAUUUGGGAGAUAUACAAUGUGGAAGGAGGAGUAAACUCUGUGGUAAAGGAGUAAACCUUGUGCCUGGCAGAGAAGGAGACCACCAGACUGCAAAGAUGAAAGUGAAAUGGACGAAGUUGGGCAUGGUCUUCUUUCUGCUUCUCUCUUUUGUAAUGACAGGCUGUUUUCUUUGGCAGUACAGGCUCCCCAAAGCAACACCAGUGGAUAUAAGAGCUGCAAAAGAAGUGAAAGAGGAGAAGAUGUGCCCACGUUUCCCUGAGCCUGUCCCGCUAAAGCACCCGAUACCUGUCCUCAUGGAAGCUUUGGACAAGGUGGAUGUGCUUUUGAGAACCAGCCUUGAUUCCACAAAACUGCCGGCCGUUUCUGCCAUUGUAAUAUUUAAUGAUUCUGUAUUGUGGAAUGGUAAUUUUGGCAGAAAAAAUGGAAGUGACCCGAAGUCUCCCCCAAUAAAUGAGUACACAGUUUACAGAAUUGCAAGCCUCUCAAAAAUCUUCCCCACCUUGAUGCUGUAUAAACUUUGGGAGGAUGGAAAAGUGGAUUCCCUGGAUGACCCUCUGGGAAAGUAUGUUAAGAACUUCACCAUGAAAAACCCUCUGGGGAAAAGAUGGGGUCAUGACCUCAAGCCCAUCUCUGAAGGCAUGAGCAGUAAAGAGGCUCAAGCUCACAUCUCCUCAGUUACCUUGAGAAGGAUGGCCAGUCAGCUGUCAGGCUUACCAAGGCGGCUCAGGGCGACUACUUUACUCUGGAAAGGCAACACUCAGGCUGCUGUGGAUUUAUUACAAGAUGAUGUUCUCGUGGCUGACCCUGGAACAAAAUGCCACUACAGCAACUUGGCCUUCUCCCUGCUGGCCCACGUGAUGGCGGAGAAGGUAGCAGGGACGGAUUAUCAGCGAUGGGUGUCUGAAAAUAUCUUGCAACCACUGGGAAUGGAGGACACCGGAUUUGAAAUCACCCCACAGAUUGAGGACCAGAUGGCAAUAGGCGUUUACUCAAGUGGGCGGCCUGCACCCCUGUAUGACCUCGGCUGGUAUAGACCAUCAGGGCAAAUGUACUCCACACCUGCUGACAUGGCCAAACUGGUGAUGAUGCUGCUGGGCGCAUACUAUCGUCAGGUUCUCCAGCCCGAAACCCUCAAAACCAUGUUGACUCCUCUGUUCCGCUGUGAAAACAGUUACUUUGCAGAACAAACAGGCACACCGUGGGAGGUGAAUGAACAGUUGGGCUAUGACGUCAUACGCAAAGAUGGAGAUCUAGAUGGUUAUUCAGCCUCGAUCUCCCUCGUUCCUCGCUUGAAGCUCGGGUUGGUCAUUUUAAUGGCUGGAACCAAACCUGAAGAUGAGGAUCUCGUGGCCAAGGCCUACAGUUAUCUCAUCCCUGCCAUGGAAAGUGCCUUCAGAAAUGCACCUCGUGUUCUCAUCCCUCCACCAGACCCUGCUCCCUACAUAGGCUACUUUACUUACAGCAACAUAACGUUCUAUGAGAUCAAAGCAGACACAGAUGGAGUGCUGUCUCUGGAGCAGUUCGGACCUCAAGUAGACACCAUGGUUCCUAUGAAGUUCAGAAGUUUGAAACUGAGUUAUCUGCAGGAUAGGGUGUUCAGGGUGGUGUUUGAGAAGGAGUACCCAUGUCAGCUGAAAGUUAACGCUGCCUCUGUGUCUCUUGAAUCUCAGGACGGGCAGCUCUUUAACUUUUACAUCUUCAACAAAAAGGGGCACUCACCAGGUUUUGAUGUCCCGGGGUUGAACACUUACAAAGUCGCACGGAUAACCCGCAAACCCAUUUUCAGCAGUUGAAGAAAUCAUUUUGAUCAUGCUUUUGAUAAUCUGAAAUCAUUUG